AUGACUCUGAAGGUAACAGAUCACGUGGACCACCUUUUACUUUAUGGGGACCAAACAGUGGAAAAGUUGCCUGCUAUCCGGCUGCUCGUGGAAUACUCGCGGACGUCUGUGGUCAUCCGGCGCUUUCUCCGUGAUGCCUGCGACGCGGUUCAGAUCGAGACGACCAGGUUGCGCCCCGAAGAACGCACCAAUAUCAAAGAGUUUGACUGUCUUCUCCGCUUGGCCGAUGACAAUGCUAGGUCCGACAGCCCGAGUGAGAUCGUGGCGACGGUCUUGAUGAACGUGGCUCGCUUAGGAGAACUGAUUCUAUAUGCGGAAGAAGACCCUAGCAUCCUGGGUUCCAUGGCAAAUCCGAUUCAUGUCCUGGGAUUUUGUACAGGGGAGAUUCCUGCAGCCGUCGCAGUAGCAGCACACAACACCACCGAGCUGUACCAGCUCUCCGUUGAAGCCGUCCACAUCAUCUUUCGCUUCGCGCGUGAUUGCUGGCGCCGGACUGUGCUUGCUGACCAGACAAUUGGUAACUGGGCGACAACACUCGUUGGUGUGACCCCCGGCGAGAUUCAGCCUCUUCUGAACGAGUUCCAUCGCAGCCAAAGCAUUCCCGAUGCGCGACAGGUCAAUAUUGGAUUUGCGUCGCAGGGGUGGCUGACCCUCUUCGGGCCACCGACGACCAUGCCGCAAUUGUUUACUUGGUCGAAAGAACUGGACCAAGUAUGCAGAGUCAAGACGGAUGCCGGAGGGGCAGUCCAUAUGCCAAACCUGCCGGAGCUCGACCUUGAUGUGAUUCUGGGAUCAUCGCCUUUGUUGGACACCCCGAUCACCAGCAAAGCGAGUUUCUUGUCGCCAUAUACCUGUCAACCCCGUGCCGCCUCAACUUUGGGCGAGUUAAUUCGCAGUCUCAUCCCGGAGGUUACUCAGAAGAUGCUGCGAUUGAGCGAUACAAUCGAGGAAACCCUUAGGCCUUUGGGCCGUCGGCCGGUGCGAGUGACCUCUGUCGGAUAUACGCCCCAUCUCGUAUCUGUCCAGAAAACCCUGCAGGCCAAACGCAUUCCUUUUACGGUCGCAGAGCACACCAAUCAAUCGUCGCAGCCAAUAACCUCACAACGCGGUGGCUCGAAUCUGAUUGCUAUCGUCGGCAUGGCCGGUCGGCUCCCGGGCAGCGAAAGCGUUGAAGAGUAUUGGCAAUCACUCCUGGAUCAAAAGAGAUUCAUCAGAGAGAUCCCCAGAGAGAGAUUUGAUUUGGACAAAUGGUACGGUGCGAGUGGAAAGGAGAAAAACGCAAUUCUGAACCGCACCGGAGCCUUCUUGGACCGGCCUGGAUACUUUGAUAACCGUCUUUUCAACAUGUCCCCCCGCGAGGCACUCCAGACCGAUCCUCUCCACCGACUACUCCUCACAGUCAGCUACGAAGCGCUAGAGAAUGCUGGAUACUCGCCCGAUGGCACGUUGGCCACAAGCAGCGAGCGCAUCGGCACAUUCUAUGGACAAGCUUCGGACGAUUGGCGUGAUAUUCUCUUCACCCAAGGCAUCGACAUCUACUACACAUCUGGUGCCUGCCGUGCCUUUGCUCCCGGCCGUGUUAAUUACCAUUUCAAGUGGGGAGGACCCUCGUACAGUGUCGACAACGCGUGCGCCUCCAGCAUCAGCACAGUAUCCCUGGCUUGCUCUGCUCUCAUCAGCCGCGAGUGUGACACGGCGCUCGCUGGAGGUGGCUCAAUCUUGGAUUCGCCCGCUCCUUUUUCAGGUUUGAGCCGUGGUGGUUUCCUGUCUCUCAAUGCGGGAUGCGAGACCUUCCACGACGAUGCUGACGGCUACGUACGCGGCGAAGGUGUAGGAGUCGUCGUUCUCAAACGGCUCGAGGAUGCUCUCACCGAGAAUGACAAUAUUUUGGGGAUCAUCAAGGGCUCGGCAAGAAAUUACAACAAGGGGGCGUCAUCCAUCACCCACCCAUCGCAAGAAGGCCAGCAGCGUCUGUAUCACCAGAUCCUUCACCAGACGGCCACCGAUCCAGCUAGUAUAGCCUACGUGGAGAUGCAUGGCACCGGCACACAAGCGGGCGACUAUGUGGAGAUGUCGUCUGUCUUGUCCACCUUUGCCAACGACCGUUCCAAGGACAAUCCACUGGUCGUUGGGGCGGUCAAAGCGAAUAUUGGUCAUGGAGAAGCUGCAGCAGGUGUCUCUGCUCUUAUCAAGGUCUUAAUGAUGCUCCAGGAGAAAAAAAUUCCCCCGCAACCGGACAUGCCAUUUAAAAUUAAUCAUCGAUUCCCCGAUCUCGCCAAGAUGAAUGUCCAUAUCGCCGGUAGUGACAUGAAACUCCGUCCGAGCCCGACUGCUGAUGGAAAGCUGAGAGUAUUCCUGAAUAGCUUUGACGCCUCGGGCGGUAACUCUUGCUUACUUCUCGAAGAGGCUCCUGACAAACUGGUCAAACCGGAAGACCCUCGAACACGUCAUGUCAUAGCGUUCUCUGCACGAACCGCUAGUUCUCUGCACGCAAACAAGAAGCGCUGCCUGGAAUAUCUAAAGCGAUACCCAGACGCCCGCCUAGCAGACUUCGGGUACACGACCACCGCGCGUCGAAUGCAUGGCCCGUUGCGGUCCGCAUUCACCGCUGAGACUGUCGAAGAGCUUGUCGAUCUCCUCAAACGCGACAUAGCCAGUUCAGUUGCCCCGAGCAAGAAAGGGAAGGACGGUGGUGCCGGUGGUUCCAAUGUCGUCUACACUUUCACGGGACAAGGGUCUCAGUACGCAGGCAUGGCCCAACAGCUCUACAAGUAUAGUCACGCAUUCCGGAGCCGAAUCGAGUCCUUCCAGCGCAUCGUGGAAGCCCAGCACCUGCCAAACUUUGUCGAUUUGAUUGUCACUGACAAGCUUGACCUGGCCGGUGAGAGCCCAGUUCGUGUCCAACUGGCAGUGUGCGCUGUCGAGAUUGCCCUGGCUCAGCUGUGGACGGGCUGGGGCCUCCAUCCUACUAUGGUCAUGGGCCACAGCCUGGGCGAGUAUGCAGCACUCUGCUCCUCCGGUGUCCUGACUGUCAGUGACACCCUCUACCUUGUUGGAAGGCGGGCGACCAUGAUGGAGAAGUCGCUGAUUGCCAAUGAAUAUGCCAUGCUCGCCGUUGCCAAUGAAGCCAACGAAGUAGACAAGGUUCUGUCCGCUGGCUCCUAUGGCUCGUGUGUGAUCGCUUGCCUCAAUAGUUCCAAAAUCACCGUUGUUAGUGGCACAACUAGUGAGUUGGAAACCCUACAACAGACGAUGCGGGACCAAGGCACUCGAUCGACACUCCUGCAGGUGCCUUUCGGCUUCCAUUCCAAGCAGUUAGAUCCGAUUCUCGACCAGUACGAGGAAUGCGCCCAGGGUGUCAUUUUCUCUGCUCCAAAGAUCCCCAUUGCUUCCACCCUCCUCGGGGAGGUUGUCCAGGACGAGUUUAUAAUAUCUCCUGCAUACCUGCGGAGGCAGUCUCGGGAGCCCGUGAACUUUAUGGGGGCACUGCUCGCAGCCCAAGGUGUCGGCAUCGUGCGUGAUGACACCCUGUUCAUCGAGAUGGGACCCGACCCAAUCUGUUCAGGGCUUGUCCGCGCGACUUUGGGGGCGGCUGCCUCUUCACGGAUUUUGCCCACUCUUCGCAAAGGCGAAGACAACUGGACAACAACGACGACCACCCUGGCAGCCAUCUACCAGGCCGGAUUCCGUGUCAACUGGCCCGAAUACCACAAAGAAUACACAGACUGCCUGUCUUUGUUGCAGUUGCCCACGUACGCCUUCGACGAGAAAGACUACUGGACUCCUUACCCCGAUCCAGGACAGUUGGUGCAGACCAAAAUUGAACAGAAGGAUUCGCCUUCUGCUGUACCAGCGGUCGUGGGAUUCCCGACGACCACGCUGCAGCGUGUGACCCGAGAAAUCGCCGAUCAAUCCAAGGUAUCGGUCACAUUCGAGUCGCUCACCUCCGAAGCACAUCUAUUCGCCGCAAUCCAGGGCCACUCUGUCGUGGGGGUCAAGAUUUGUUCGAGCGCCGUCUUCGCCGACAUGGCUCUAUCCGCUGCCCGAUAUGCUUACGAACGUCUUCGGCCUGGCGAAUUGAAACAAUCACUGCUGACCAUCCGCUGUCUGGAUCUCCAUCGGGCUAUUGUCGUUAUGGACAAAGAUCCUGGACAGACAAUUGAGAUCAGAGUUGAGCUGAUCUCCGUCAGCAACGUCGCUCAGAUCUUCUUCCGCGUUCGUGACGCUGCAUCUGCAUAUGACGUCGGGACAUGCGAGAUCGCGUACGACGAGAACACGACUUUCAGAGAAAGUAUCUCGAGCACGCUCUUCCUUGUAUCCUCCCGGAUUGAGGCGCUCAAAGCAAACAACGCAGUAGGUGGAGGACACCGGCUGCUUCGACCCGUCAUCUACCAGCUGUUUUCCAACCUGGUCGAGUACGGAGAACACUACCAAGGAUUAGACGAGGUAUCCCUGGAUGCGAACUUGCGGGAUGGUUUUGGAGAGAUUAAGAUGCCCACCUUGCCGUCAGUCGGUCGUUAUUUGUACGACCCUUUUCUGCUCGAUGCGACGGUUCAUCUCGCUGGUUUCCUCGUCAACUGCGGCCUGAAGUAUUCCAACGAUAUUGCCUUUCUGUCCACGGGAUUUGACGCCUGGCGCCUGCUGAAGCCUCUAUCGCCUGAAGGCCGGUACAUCAGCUACGCCCAUAUGGAAGAAACCGCUGACAAAUCUGCGGUCGUGGGUGAUGUGUACGUAUUUGACGACGCCAAUGACCUCGUCUGCGCCCUCACCGGCGUGCGCUUCCAGAGGAUGAAAAAGACGGCCUUGUCGCGCAUUUUGAUGUCAGCGGCGCCAAUGGCCUCAAGAAAGACCGCAGGGACCCGUUUCGCACCUGAGCCCGUGGAAUUUACUGUGGAAUCUGUCCAGAAAAAGCGUUGGGUUGUAGAUGAAGACGUCAGUACAGGGCCUCCAUCCGAUUCAAGACCAUCUUCGGCUGGUCCAUCGACACUUGCAACACCUAGGGAUGCUUCUGUUUCUUCUUCCGUCACCGGCGUUGAUGAGCCCUCCAUUGUGGAUACUCUCCUCGCUGCCGUUGCCAAUGAGGCCGGCUGUGAGAUCUCCGAUUUCGAGCCCGACACGGCAUUUGCGGACCUUGGGGUGGAUUCUCUAAUGGCCAUCACCGUCAUAGCCUCGAUCCGCAACACUACCGGUGUCGAGCUUCCUGGUUCGUUCUUCCUGGACAACCCGACAGUUGCGGACGCUGCCAAGGCCAUUGGGGAAGAUACUGGAGAGACCAGUGCCGUCUCUAGUGCGCAGCCUACUAGCCUGGACUCCCCACCGACGGCCCUGAGCAAAAAUGAGGAGUCCGCUGCGGCCGAACCUCUUGAUUAUAAGAAGGUUCUGAAUAGACCUGAAUGCACGGACAUGGAGACGCCUUCAUCCAAACUGGUUACUAAUCCUCCUGCUUCGGUCAUCAUGCUGCAAGGCUCGAAGUCUUCCACCGAUAUACCGCUCUUUCUCCUUGCUGAUGGGACCGGAUCGGUCAGCACGUAUGUGCAACUGCUACCGCUGGCGGGUGGCCGUCGCGUGUACGGGCUGGAGUCGCCUUUUGCGCGUGAUUCAUCCUCCUUCGGUAGCUGCCGCGUGGAAGAGCUCGCGGACUCAUUUGCCACCGCCAUUCGUGCUGCCCAGCCCACCGGUCCCUAUAUACUGGGAGGCUUCUUAAUCGGCGCGAUUUAUGCAUUUGAGGUCAGCAAACGCCUGCUCGCCGCAGGCGAAACAGUCCUCGGUCUCUUGUUGGUCGCGAGCCCUGCACCCACACCAGCUCCGCCAGCACUGCAAGCGACCACCGUCAGCGUGGAACUGGUAGAGCACGCUGGGCUCGUGAGUGGUCCUGGUUGCAAGCAGAGUACCAUGUCCCGGAGGCAGAAAGAACAUUUGGCUGCUGCGAUCCAGUCACUGCUGAAGUAUACACCCCGGGGCAUGAUCUCAGGGCGCCAGCCUAGGAAGACGAUACUUCUCAUGGCGUCGAAGGGGCUGGGAGAGGGAUCUAACACGCUGGACUCGCCCCUAACUCCAUGGAUUCAUGCCAACUGGGGAAUUUCGGAAGCGUUGGGUUGGGAAUCGCUUAUCGAAAGCGUUGAUGUGGCGCUGCUAGAGACUGACUGUUUCUCGUUGAUGAAGCACCCCCAGGUAUGUCGUCUUCUCACACCCCCGCUGUCGAUUGAAAGUUAA